CCACAGUGUAACAUAAUAGCAUAGCCGUCAUAGAUCUCCUCCAGUCAGUCAGUUAGUGCGGCGCGCGCGGUACGGAGCGGCAUAAACCGGUAUUUCGGGACACGAUGGCGAUCGGGACGGUUUGCUUCUUGGCGGUUCUAUGCAGUUUACUGCAACAAGGACUAGCAAUCACGUGCUACCAAUGCAACAGUCACAACGACUCUCGCUGCCUGAUGAGCAAGCUGCCGGACACGCUGCGCCUGCCCUGCAGCCCCAAGGAGACCAUGUGCCGCAAGAUCUCGCAGGUGGUGGAGUUCGAGAUGAACGGCAUGCCGCCGGACAGUCGCAUCAUCAGAGGCUGCGGGUGGGAUGAUAGCAGUUACAAGGGGCGCUGUUACCAACGCUCAGGGUUCGGAGGCAGACAGGAAGUGUGUUCGUGCUUAGAAGACGGCUGUAACUCUGCGUCAGUUCCAGUCGCAGCGACCCUUCUGAUGCUUCUGACGUUCGCGCUGCUAAGGUUCUAACUACCUUCUCAAGACCCAAACAUUUCGAGGACUAUGUCUUCUUAUUCCAUCAAAAUAUAACAUCAUCUGUGGGAUGCUGCAGCAAGAUUUAACGAAAUACUUUACACUGUUAUUGUCGGCAUAAAUUACCACAGUUAUCGUUGCAAACAGCAUUUCUCUUAGAUUAGAUUUGGUACUAUACUUAUCAAGAUGGACGUGAUUAUUUAUACUUUACUCUCACACCUUCUAGUUUUAAUAGUGAUGGUAACACAAUUAUGAUAAGUGUAUUCCUUAAUUUUUCAAACACAGUAGUAGUUUAAGUCACAUUAGGACUUUAAGAGCAAAUGACCUUGAAAUGUUUGGGAAGGAAGCACUAGUCUUGUACAUUGUAUUGUACUUGGCCUCAAUAGGCUAUAGAUAGAUUAGGAUGUUAAUGUUAUUCUGUUAGACGAACGUUUCUAGAAUGAAUGUGACCCUUCCGUUGCAGCUGUAUUAGGAUAAAUAGAACAGGGGACAAUUGUACUAUGCAGAAUGUUGAGCAUUUCAAAAUCGCUGAUUAUAAUGCUAAUCUGGGAGAUGUUAUCUGAUUCGCUUUGUAUGUUUGUAUUGUACCUAUUGUGUUGAACAUGAACUAAAGAAUGUUAUUGAGCAUUGUCCCCUGAUCCCUAUGAUAUACGAGUAUUUAUAUUAUUUCGAUGUUAAAAGAAGUAGGACGAAAAGCUAGAUACCAAAGGAAUCGUAGAAAGUAGAAAAAGAAUCAGUAUAAUAGACAAACUAAGUAACUUUUAAAUUGACUUUUGACUAUGAAGAACUACGUGAAUAGGUACUAGUAAUAUUAAUUUAAAUAAUGCUACUGAUAAAAAAAACAAGGUAUUGCGAUAUUAUGUAAGCAGGACGAAUGACUUACGAACGAUGAUAAUGCAAAAAGUUUUUUUCGUAGCAGAUUAUAUUCUUGAUAUGUGAAUGGAUAAUACUAAUUAAUAAUAUUAUGAUUCAAUAAGAGUCUAAGUAUGAUAAAAUUUCGAUGCGAGAUUGAAGUCGUUAAUCGAGAAAAUAAUGCAGAUAUGAAAUUGAUAUGCAGAUGGAAGCUGAUGUGUAACUUGAUAUUUCCCCGCGUAGCAUCACAACCGAAGGUGUUCAUAUACUUAUGACUGUGCUGUGAGUUAUGUCACGUCAAAGGGUUAAAGCAAAAAAGCAUUAAAGAAAAAAAAUAAACAAAAUACACUCAACUUGUGAUUGAUAUAAAUAAAAUACUAAACAGCGAUUAGUGAGAAAAAAAUCCUGAAUUUUCUGAAUUGCGUUUAUUUGCCUUGCUUGUUGUCGUACUAUCGUUUCAUUAGGACGAAAGAUCUUAAAUUUGGUACAACAGUAAGCAAGAUGAAUAAAUAUAUUAAAGAAGACUUCAGGAAGCUAAUCAUUUAACGUUAUAGGGAAAAACUAACAUUGUGAACAGUGGAGCAAUGAGCUAAUUCAAUUAGAUUCAGGUAGAGAACUAGACCAGGUCGCAGCUUAUUAGAACGCACUCUGAUUAGAUCUAAGCUGUUAUAAAACUAGUACAAUUUACAGGUUUAUAUUCCAAAGUAGAGGAUUAGUAACUCAAUAUUAUUUGCAUUAAUUAGGUUACGGACUAGGAUUUGUAGAAAUACACAUAAACACCAUGUAUUUAUGUGCGGUGGACUGUGGUAAAAAUAAUAUACCUUUAGCUCUGAAGUGAGUCUCCAGACUCCGAAGCAUUUAAAUCAUUUAAUGAGUCAAUGUUUCUGAUGUACCUACAAAUAUUUUCAAAAGCUUAUACUGUAUGUGUUCUUUCUUAUUAAUAUGUACCUACUUUUAAAUUAGGGCAGACUCACCACCUGUUGUACCAUCUGUUCAAUCAAUUCUAAUUAUUUUAGUAUUUGUAGCUAGUAAAAUAUCUUAAAUCUAAAUAGAAUUGAUUUGAAUUCAAAUUACAUUACAUUCCAUUUUUCAUUUCAUUAUCUUGAUAUUAUAACUUGUAAGUUUGAGAGGUGCUAUAUAUUCACUCUGUAGGUCACGUCACAGAUAUAUAUCGUUUAAAUAUAGUGUAAGUGUGGAAAGAGAUGAUUGAAGCCAGCAUAAAACAUUGUAUAACAAUAAUGAAGAAAAUAAAUACCAAGAAUAACCUGCAAGUUCGUGAGUCAUCACUGCUGAUUUAUUUAUCUUUACUUGCGUCCAACAAUGAUAAUCAUCGACAACUUAGCAAUCUCCUGUAAAUAGACGAUAACACAUCAGAAUUAACACUGCCUCUUUAAUGUUCUAAUCAGUUCGGACUACUUUACCGAUGGCUAUGUAUCGUAUAAUGUUGUUCAUGUCACUGCUGUACAAUCUAUACUGUUGUGUUUGUUAAUUGCGACUAUUUAUUAAACGUUUUUCAUUA